AUGGCGGAGGGCGGGGGCACCCCCCGCAGGGGGGCCAAGAACUACCCCCUGGGGGCCAGCUGGAAACAAAUGGAAGUGAAGAACAAAAUGCCAGCAGCAGUUCAGAUAACUGCGGAGCAGCUGCUGCGCGAGGCGGUGGACAGACAGCUGGAAGAUGCUGCUGCAGCAAAGCCGCAGCAAAGAAUUGUCGACGAAGAAGAACUUGAGGUGUACAGACUCAACAAAAGAAAAGAGUUCGAAGACAGCAUCCGCAGACAGAGACACCACAUCGGCACUUGGAUCAAAUACGCCCUUUGGGAGGCGGCGCAGAGGGAGGCGCGGAGCGUGUUCGAGCGCGCGCUACUGGUGGACUACCAGAACGUGAGUUUGUGGCUGAAGUACAUAGAAAUGGAGAGCAGCAACAAGUUCGUGGUACCUGAGCAACCGGCCAAGUCAAGAGUCUUUUUUGCGGUUUUGCAAAUUCGAAGAAAAACAUAA